ACUCACUUUAAUGGAUUCGCUUCAGACAAGAGAAACCUGUAAUUUCUCUUAGGCAUGCUUGACAGACCCAUUGUGGGGUGAAUCACAGCCUCACACAAGCCUGGAGGCUGUGGGCUGCUUUGCAGUGGACAGAUUGGGUUCUCCCCAUCGGCAGUUGCUACUCACUCGGGCCUCCGGGACUAACUAUCCAAAAGAUAGUGAUGGGUCACUAUCGCUGAAGGGGGCUGUACAGUUUCGGUGUGGCCACGUGAUGGUGGGGCACCACGGUUAAAAUCCUCAUGUGUGAAAAUGAAGCCCCCGGUCACCAUUGUUUGCUGUUUAGUGUUUUUCCUGACCACAGAAUAUUCUCAGUCUAAACCCAAGAUUCACAAAAAGGAUAAAAAUGAACUUCAAAUAUCUUCAUGGAAGCAUAAGUUUAGUCGGAUGCAAGAUACAUGUGAUGGAUCUUGCACCCCAUCUACCAAAUGUAGCCAGAGCUGUCCUUGGUAUUUCCAUGGAGAAAUAGAAUUCACAUGUAAUCAAGAUAAAUGGCAAAAAAGAAUUGAAACAUGUACAAGCCUCUCUGUGGACACCCUGUUUCAGGUCCCAAAUGCUGCAGCUAGUCUUUCCAUCGCAGCAUCCUCUGUUUUUCCCAUGAACUUAAUAGACAACAAGGUUCAUAUCGGGAAUGUAUUUCAAGGAAUCCACAAAUACUGCCCUGAGGACUAUGUCUGCAUAGUUGAUGCUGUGAAAUCCUCUGACGUUACAUCUGGAAAUAUUGCAUUCAUAGUAGAGUUAUUAAAAAAUAUUUCUGCAGGCUUGCAAACUUAUAAUGGACCACAUGGUAAUGUGACUCAUGAGAAAAUGAAGAACUAUGGGAAAAUGGCCAACCACAUCCUUAGCAAGACCGCCAUUUCAAAUUGGGCUUUCAUUCCCAAUAAAAAUGCCAGCUCAGAUUUGUUGGAGUCAGUGAACUCCUUUGCCAAGAAACUCCAAGUCCACGGUGAAUCUGAGAGCAUUGUCGAUGAACUUUUCAUUCAGACAAAGGGUGCUCGCAUCUAUCACACCUCCAAGAACAGUUUCAACCUCUCCAUGCCUAUAUACAACAACACAGAAGAUAUCUUAGUGCUGAUAGAAAUUCCCAGACAAGCAUUACACAAGCUACCAUCCAAUACCUCCCAAGCCAUUGGCAUAGCUUUUCCAACCUUGGGGGCCAUCCUGAAAGAAGUCCAUGGGCCAACUAUGAAUCUCUCAAAGCCCAUAAAUAGUCUGGUCCUGUCACUGGUUUUGCCAGAAGAUCUGAAAGAAAUCAUACUCACCUUUGAAAAGAUCAAUAAAUCCCAGGACACUAUCGGCCACUGUGUCGGUUGGCAUUCGGAGAAGAGGCAGUGGGUUGAGAGCCCAUGUAAAAUGGUGUUGGAUUCCACCGACACAGUGAAUUGCCACUGUAACUACAACAGAGCUGUGACAUCCUUCUCCAUUCUCAUGUCAUCCAAACCUGUAAGGGACAAGGUUCUGGACUAUAUCACUUUCAUUGGGAUCAGCGUCUCCAUCUUUAGCUUGGUGCUCUGCCUUGUGGUAGAAGCAGUGGUUUGGUCCCGGGUGGUUGUGACAGAGAUAUCAUACAUGCGCCACGUGUGUAUCGUGAACAUCGCCGUGUCCCUCCUGACAGCCAACGUGUGGUUCAUCAUUGGCUCCAGUGCAAAUGUUCAGGAGGACCACAAGUGGUGUGUGGCUGUGACAUUUUUCAGCCAUUUUUUCUUCCUUUCCCUGUUCUUCUGGAUGCUCUUCAAAGGGCUGCUCAUAGUCUAUGGGAUACUGGUUGUUUUCCAAAGGAUGAUGAAGUCUCGGAUGAUGGCCAUUGGCUUUGUCGUUGGCUAUGGUUGUCCCCUGGUGAUUGCUGUCAUUACAGUUACUGUCACAGAGCCCGGGGAAGGCUACACCAGAAAAGAUGCCUGCUGGCUUAAUUGGAACCAAACCAAGGCCCUUUUGGCAUUUGCCAUCCCAGCCUUGGCCGUUGUGGCUGUGAAUCUCCUUGUGGUUCUUGCAGUUGCUAUUAGCACUCAGCGGCCUUUGAUUGGCAGUUCAAAGUCUCAGGAUAUGGCCACAGCUAUCAGGAUCAGUAAAAAUGUCGCCAUCCUCACCCCACUGCUGGGACUGACCUGGGGUUUUGGUUUAGCAACCUUGCUAGAAGGCACACACCUGGUCUUUCAUAUCAUCUUUGCCCUGCUCAAUGCUUUCCAGGGCUUUUUCAUCCUGCUGUUUGGCACAAUUAUGGAUCACAAGAUACGGGAUGCGCUGAGGAUGAGGGUGUCUUCAUUGAAGGGGAAAUCUAGGGCAGCAGAGGCAUCCUUAAGUCCAGCCAAUGGAUCCAAAGUACUGAAUCGCUGAGACUAAAAUAGAUGUCUUGCUUGCUGGGAUGGAGAGGAGCUCUAAGAGAAGGAGGAACAAAUGUAUCUGGAAUGAAGCAACAUCCUCUACCAGCCAGGAGUACCACUUCAAUUGGAAAUCUAGCUGAGGCUCACAGUGGAUGAGUGUGCUUUUAAAAAGACCAACCUGCUAACUCAGAUUUGACAAUGACUGACUUUUUGUUCACCUUAUCAAGAUUCAUAAUCCAUCUGCAAGGCAUUGCACAGUCUUCUUGGCUA